AUGGCCGCAUCCACCCUCUCCGUCUGCUCCGACUCCUCCUGGCAGGUGGAUGACUGUCCAGAGAGCUGCUGUGAGCCCUCCUGCUGUGUCCCCAGCUGCUGUCAGUCCUCCUGCUGUGUCCCCAGCUGCUGCCAGCCCUCUUGUUGCACCUCCUGCCCCUGCCAGCAGGCCUGCUGUGUGUCUGUCUGCUGCAAGCCCGUGUGCUGCACACCUGUCUGCUGCAAGCCUGUCUGCUGCACACCUGUCUGCUGCAAGCCCCUGUGCUGUGUGCCUGUCUGCUCUGGGGCCUCCUCCUGCUGCCAGCCCACCCCCUGCACCUCAUCCUGCUGCAGACCCUCCUCCUGUGUGUCCCUCAUCUGCCGCCCCGUGUGCAGGCCUGCCUGCUGCGUGCCCGCCUCCUCCUGCUGUGGCCCUGCCUCCUCCUGCCAGCCCAGCUGCUGCCGCCCAUCCUCCUGCAUGUCCCUGCUCUGCCGCCCCCUGUGCUCCCGCCCAGCCUGCUGCGUCCCCGCCUCGGCCCAGAAGUCCUGCUGCUGA